AUUUUAGUUGAUACUAAUGUGUCCAAUUGGUGGUGGUGUUCAUCGAGUUUUUUUCUUAAUUGUUGGAUAACACACACAUUCACGUAUUUGUGAGUGUGUUGAUUUAACGUUUAUGCUAAAAAAAAGCCCUAACCUUAAACCCUAAUUUCCAUUGGGGUUUAGAGCCCGAGCUUCCUACCCAUGCGACUGGAAAUUACCGAAUUAGCAAGCUGAAGACAGGAAAACUUCUACGUAGGUCAAAAUCAUGUCCUACAGCCGUAAUCGUGAUUUCAUGUUCUGCGAGAUGUGCGGGACGAUGUUGUCUUUCGAUUCCACGAAGUAUGCUCGAUGCCCGCUGUGCAAAUUCAAGAAACGACUCAAAGAAAUAGCUGGAAAAGAGAUCAAAUAUACUAUCAGUGCUGAGGAUAUGAGGCGAGAGCUCGGAAUAUCUUCACUCGACGAUAUUGAAGAAGAGAGGGAACUAAAACAAAUGGAUUAUAACGCAAAGUGCAGAGCGUGCCAACAUCUUGGCAUGGCUUACGUUGCUAGACAGAUAAGAUCUGCUGAUGAAGGGCAAACAAUCUUUUACACGUGCCCCGUGUGUGCCCAUAGGCAAACUGAGAACUCAUAGGUACAAUACUGUGUAUCAGCAUUUGGUGAUGUGCUUCAUUCUCCACAAGUGAGGGAGAAAUGGUUCCUUAUUCAGGAAAAAAAUAGAAAAAUCUGAAAAAGAAUAAGAAUAUUUUGCUACAUUUUUACCACCCAUGGUGACCUUUCCUUCACUUGCCUGCUGUAGAGUGGUUUUACAAUGAUUAGGGAUAUUUUAUACCAAAACAGUUUUAGGUUUGUUAAUUGUUCGAGAGUUUUUUUUCGGCCGUGUGGAAUUUGUGACGGGAGAAUGCUUCCAUGAUUGAGUGAUUUUUAUUCGAAAAAUAAAGACAAAAAACAUACCCAAAAAAAGAAAUAUGAAAAUAGUGAUGAUUUUAUGAGCAC